CAUAUAUAAAACGACUCACUUUUACCCCACGUUUGGUUUUGGUUUAUCUGUGCAUUGCAGCGCGUUUCUUUUGUCUAAGCUCGUUCUGUCAGCACGCUCACUUAUGAGCGCUUUAUGGGCGGUUAUCGGCAGUGCCCCUUUAUUACAUUACGUGCUCUGCCGCUGAAACAACGAAAAACUUGAGCGACACGGCUGGAGACAGCGGACUUAUCGAAAACUCGCCGUCAUGGCCCUCUUGCAGACUGCUCUCCAUUAUACUGGCAUUGGACUCCUGCUGCUGCUCGUCCUGCUCCUGGCCGCCUUCGGGUUCUACUGCCUUUACGUCAAAUACAUUCACUUCAGGUUUGACCACAUCCCGGGACCCCCCCGAGACAGUUUUUUACUGGGACAUUUCACAAGCAUUAGGAAGGCAACAGAUUAUUAUGAUGUCAGCCAUGAACUAUAUCGCAAAUGGGCUGAAGAAUAUGGGCCAGUUGUACGAGUGAAUAUGCUAAACCAUGUGUUUCUGAUUGUGACCAGUCCAGAGGCAAUUAAGGAGCUUCUGAUGUCACAGAAGUAUACAAAGGACCCAUACGGUUACAAGCUUCUGUUUUCUUUGUUCCGACAGAGAUUUUUUGGACUUGGACUUGUGACUGACAUAAACCAUGAUCGCUGGUACCAUCAGCGUAGAAUUAUGGAUCCAGCUUUCAGCCGAACGUACCUGAAGGACCUAAUGUAUAUUUUUAAUGAAAAAUCGGAAAGAAUGAUGGAAAAACUGGAGGAAGUAGCAGAUGGACAAACUCCUGUUCACAUGGCACAUUUGAUCAAUUGUGUUACUCUUGACGUAAUUUGUACUGUAGCAUUUGGCAUGAAUUUGAAUUUAAUGGAUGAUGCGAAGAUUCCUUUCACGAAGGUCAUUGAUACCUGUCUCAAAGGAAUGGCACAGUACGUUCGUAAUCCUUAUAUGCAGUAUUUCCCCUGGCACUGGAAUUAUGUGAAAGGAGUAGAAAAUGCAGCUGUCUUGUUACGCAAAAUUGGAAAGGAGUGUAUUGAUAAAAGAAAAGCGGCUAUCCUUCGUGGAGAAGAGGUUCCACAAGAUAUUCUAACCAAAAUUCUGAAGACUGCUGAGCAAGAAGAACAAGUUGAUGACGAAAUAAUGAUUGACAAUUUUGUUACCUUUUUCGUUGCUGGUCAGGAAACAACAGCUAACCAAUUGGCCUUCACAGUUCUGGAGCUUACAAAGCAACCGGAGAUAUUAGAAAAACUCAGAGCUGAAGUUGAUGAAGUCAUUGGUUCUAAGAGGGAUGUUGAUUAUGAAGAUCUUAACAAAUUAACCUACACAUCUCAAGUUUUAAAGGAAUCACUUAGAGUGUACCCUCCAGCCCCAGGGACAUCCCGAUGGAUUGAUGAAGAUUAUGUUAUCGAGGGAAUAAAAAUUCCAGGAAAAGUGACUGUAAUGUUAAACACCUACGUCAUGGGAAGGAUGGAGAAGUUUUUCAAAGAUCCACUGAAGUUUGACCCUGAACGAUUUCAUCCUGAUGCACCAAAGCCAUAUUUUUCUUAUUUCCCUUUUGCACUGGGUCAUCGCUCAUGCAUUGGACAAGUAUUCUCACAGAUGGAGGCAAAAACAGUACUGACAAAGCUGCUUCAGAGGUAUGAAUUUAAACUGGUUCCUGGUCAAACGCAUAAAAUGAUGGACACGGGCACCCUAAAGACAAAGGAUGGAGUAGUCUGCACAGUCUGGCCAAGAGGUGGAAAGCAAAUGAAAAAGGACUGAAGUGCUGGAAAGUGAAAUAACAUCCAACCAUGUGCAGUGACCCAAUUCUGUAGUAAUCUGACUUAAUUAAUGUGAUUUAGUUAACUAUUACGCUUGUAUUGUCUGACUUAAUUAAUGUGAUUCAGUUUACUAUUAUGCUUGUGAAGUCAGGAGGAGCAAACUGAAAUUCAAAUGUACUUCAGAAAUGAUACACUAACAAAAUAUUCUUAAACUCGUUUAAUCCAGUUCAGAGUCGGACCCAUCCCAGCAACACUGGGCACAAAAUAUGAGUCAGUCCCCAACAAGGUGACUGUCCAUCACGGGGCCUGCGCACUUAAUCACAAACCAAGAGAGAAAUUUAGAAUUGUCCAUUAACCUUCAAGACUUUAGGGAUAAGGGAGGAAAACCAACAUACCUGGGCAAUAACCAGACACAGGAUUCCAGCUGAGGAUGCUGAGGCAGAAGCGCUAACCACUGUGCCAUACUGUACUCUGAAAUACUUUCUUGUAUGCCCUGCAGAUAAAGUUUAAUUGUUAAACUGAUAUCUUUUUAUAGCAAUUAUUCCGUGGUAUAUGUUUUCACAUAUUUCUUAGAUCCUAACAUAGCCCAGAUUCUUUGACCUGGAAAUUGUUUGCAGUCCUUGAAGUGUUUGCUAAUUUUAAAGCAUAUUUAAAGGCAUCACUAUUCUGAUUCAGCAAAGUUUUUCUAUUCAUGUACUGUAUUGGGGUAAUGUGGUGCUGCAGUGGUAAGCACUGCUGUUUCCCAGCUCUUGGGCUACCAUCCCAGUCUGGCCACUGCUUGUGUUGAGAUUGAAUGUUCUUUCUUUGUCUGCAGAACUCCAUUUUUUCCUCCCACAUCUUAAAAAGCCACAGUAAUAAGUGACUCUGCACGGACUAAGUGUGUGCUCUUUUAUGGAUUGGCACCUUCUCCAGGUUUGGUUCUAGCCUUGCAUCCAGUGAUGCUGGUCCCGAACUGAAGAAAAUGAGUAAAGAUAAUGGAUGUAUGCAUUACAACCUUGUUUACUCAGAAAACCAAUGUCAUUGACUCACAACAGUUAAUUUGUUCCAACCAUUUUCUAACCCUCCUUAUUCAAAUACAUUGUCACAGUGCUAACGAAAACAGAAAUUUUGAGGUUAAGUUCAUGGCACUGGAGAGUGGCGACAUGUUGCAUGCUGAUUAGCAUGUGCAAGUAAGAACUUCACUGUACUCUGUAAACGUGACAUACAUUUAUAAACCUAUAUAAAUUAAAGACGGAUCUAAGUCAGCCUGCAAGCAACCAGUGCUUUACAGAGCAGUCUGUGUUAUAUUUAAGAUGUAAAAGCAAAUGCCAAUAAACAAUGUAAACUUAACACUAGAUCUGGGACAGAGUAACUGAGAGGAAAUAAAGAAACACAGAUUGACUAUAAUGAUAAUGUAGUAACGAGACGGAAAUGGUAACGUUGGGGCUGAUGGAAGUCAAGAGAUGUGAUGAUGAUGCCUUUGAUUAACUAGAGGUGUUGAAAGAUUUUUGGAAUCGCCAGUUGGUUUGUGUAACUUGGAUCAUCAUUUGUCUCACACAUUUAAACAAAAUAAUCAGGGCACUCUGUCUGGCAUUGCGGAGUUUUGAAGAUUAUUCUGAAUUAUGUAGUCAUGUAUAGUGCAUAACAUUUCAGUACUUUAUAGUAAAUUAAUUUGAGAUCACUAUAUUAAUUAUCUAGAAAUGUUUUAAGGUUCUUGAUCCAAGGUGCACAUUUAAUAAAACGUCACGACUUGCUGAAAUUCUAUUGUUGCUGUUAUCAGUAUACCUACACAUUUUUAAGUGGUCACAUGGAAUCAGGAGGAAAGGGACUCAUGCGCUGAAUUAAAAUGAGAGGAUCUGCUUACAUUCUAAUAAACAUUGGUAUUAUUCGAGUGUGAAAUAUGGAAACUUAAAAAAAUAGACUUUAAAAAUGCCUAAUGCACAAACUUGCUAAAUGAUAUUAUAAUCUUACACUUAAAUAAAACUGCACAACAUUACAGAUCAUAAUAUCUACAUUUAUUAUUGCACAAAUUAUUUUACUAAAUAUUUAAUAAAAACAUCUGUACAAUUUUGCUACUUUUAUCAGGGCUAAAUGUUAUAUUGUACACUAUGUAAUAUUCUAUUCAGAUUUGAUUGCAUGAAACACUAUUUUAUACCAAAAUAGCACCAAAUAAAAUAUAUACAGUAUAUAGAAAUACACAGCUUUGUACAAAAGUAUCACGCAAGGUGGCAGGGUUGUAAGAAAUGUCUCUGUUGCCAUACGAUGUCCAUGCUUUUCAAUGUAAUACUUUUGGUGAAUGAACUGUAUACAAAAAAUACAUGCCUCAUACCAUGAGAUUACUGUGAGUGUUGUUUUUUAAUUAAUUAUGAUUUUAAAACAGACUAAUGACAUUUUAUGGAGGUGUUUUUAUGGAUAUUAUUGAUGUGUGUUAAAUAAAUCUUUCCCUAAAUAGUAAUUACAUUUUUUUAUGUUAUGUUUUUAAACUAAUGGAAAUAAAAAUUCUUUGGCAUAUAAUUUUCAAUUAAUUCUAUGUCACUUAUAAGAAGGGAACUAAACUGUAAUUGCAAACAUUAUGAAACUCAAAAUAAAACACUGGAAACAAAACAAUGUUGAAGCAUAAACAAACAAAAUACAAUAUAUAUAUAUAUAUAUAUAUAUAUAUAUAUAUAUAUAUAUAUAUAUAUAUAUAUAUAUAUAUGGGCUAUACACGGGGUGGUUUGAGGCCCAGAUUAUAACUGUUCAGGGUCAGACACAUUCUUUAAAGGAUCAUGCUGUAGAAAAAGCACAGUUUCAUUUGAAGAGAAAAUGUCAGAACCCAUCCUAUGUAACAACACAUUGUCUCCAUAGUAGAUCAAGUACCACUAUGGACACCUUGAAGACAAAAAAAGGAAAUGACUCAGGAACUACAAAACAGCUUCAUCAAGAGCUCAAACAAGAAUAUGCUAUGCUUAAAUAAUCAACCUUGGUGUAAAUAAUGAAACCAAUGGUGCUUGUUAAAUCUUGAUAGGCAGACUGUUUCUGAGUUAAGAUGCCCUAAAGCUAAAGGCUCUUCCUCCUACAUUAUUUUUAUUCAUUCUGGAGGCUAGAUCCUGGGAUCACAAACAAUGCCCUGGAGUAGUAUUAUUAGUAUGUUAUGUAAGGUACGGUGGUAUGAGCUGAAUAUUACAGUAUGUGUGAGAAGGAGUACUUUGAACUUACAGUAGCUGUAAACGUAACUGGAAGUCAGUGAAGUGGUCUGAGAACCAGAAUUGUAAGGUCACAGGUCCCAGUUCCUGUUAUGUUUUGAAUUAACAGUUGAGCAGUAAGUGAACAAUUUGAGCAGUCUGACUAUAAAGCAUUACAGUAUUCGAUACUGUUCAAGACACAUAGAUGAAGUAGCUUUUCAAGAUCCCACAGCUCAAUUCUGCAAUAUUUCUUAGGUGGAAAAAGCAGGUUUUGGGAUGCACAGAAAUGUGAUAAUUUAAAUCUGUGUCAAUGAUAAAUGUUGGAUGAAUUUAUGUUAAAUUAAAAUUCAAGCCUUU